UAUGCGGUGUUGACGUUAUAACGGUUAAGUUGUUGGCGUCAACAUUCCUCGAUUAGCGCUAUAUUGAAGUUCUAUCCAACUGCAAUAUCAGCAGCUGCAGCCGGAGGUUGAAGAUAACUAUGCUGCACUCCGCAUUCAUUCACAUCGGUCAUUAACCGUUUAUGUAAACUAGGGUUUCAGAUAGAUAACCAGUAAUGGUGGAGAGAAGGAGAAAACCUCUAAUCCUCUCUUCAACCAAAUUCCUCGUCCAAUCCUUACUUAAUUCUCCUUCCACGGCUGACCAAUCCAAAGACGAUGACAAAUCACCGUCUCUGAUGUUACCGGCCGGAAUUCUUCGAUUCUCCGAGGACAAAAUCGGACCACUACAGUCUAAAACAAACUCUCUCGACGAUUCUGCUUUAGUUGCUCUUUCCACUGCUGUUCUCAAAAAACUAGCCGUCACUUCUGGUUCUUUGGUGCUUAUCAAGAAUACUGAAACGAAUAUAAGGAGGAUUGGACAGGUUGUGGUUUUAGAUCCUCCUGGAAAUUAUGGUCAUUUAGUAUGUGAUGAUGAUGUUAGUAGAGUGCCGAAUUCGCGGACUUCUCGUACAAUGCUUGUUUUUCCUUCGUAUAAUUUUGGUUCGGAUGAGCCUCGGGUUUUGGACUGUGAAGUUGCGUAUUUGUCUCCACUGUUAGCUUUUAACCUUGACUUGCAUGUGUCUUGUUUGAAUUCGCUUGUUCGUCAAGGGAAUGAUAAGUUAGUGUCUCUUUUUUGUGAUUCGAAUGGUGGCGAUGAGAGUUGCGGAGAAGUGAGUGAUGAUUCUUUGAUACAUUUAGCGUUGGAACCUUUGGCUCAAUUGCCGAGAUAUGCCUCGCAUUUGAGAGUUUCUUUUGUUAAGAUACCAGAAUGUGGUACACUUGAGUCUUUGAAAGGAAGUUCUUCUGUUGAAGCUCAAGAUCGUCAAGAAAUGAUUGAUUUGGCAUUACACGACUACUUUAAAGCUGAUAGGUUUCUUGCAAGAGGGGAUGUUUUCAGCAUCUGUAUACAUUGGAAUUGCAAUUCUGUUGUUUGUAUUCAUUGCAGCAAAAGUUCGCAAAAUAGAAAUGAUGAUGUUGUUUACUUCAAGGUUGUGGCAAUGGAGCCAUCAGAUGAAGCCAUCCUUCGGAUCAAUUGCACGAAAACAGCCCUUGUGCUUGGGGGAACUGUUCCUUCUGCUCUUCCCCCAGAUUUGCUGAUUGGUGAACCUAAAGAUUUUGCCCCUUUUCAACAGGACACAGUGAAAAGUUUAGCAUAUGUACUUGCACCACCUUUGUGCCCAUCUGCUCUUGCUUCAAAAUUUAGAGUUUCUGUCCUAUUAUAUGGUCCAGCAGGAUGUGGAAAGAGGACUGUUGUGAGAUACAUUUCCCGUCGAUUGGGCCUUCAUGUUGUGGAGUUCAGCUGUCACAAUCUAAUGGCUGACAGAAAGGCAUUUGCUCAAGCUUUCAACACAGCUCAAAGAUACUCACCCGCAAUAUUACUCCUCCGCCAUUUUGAUGUCCUCCGAAAUUUGAGCUCAAAUGAUGGUUCACCAAAUGAUCAAGUGGGUCUCAUCUCAGAAGUUGCAUCAGUCAUAAGGGAAUUCACUCAACCAGUUCCUGAGGACAAUAACAAGUACUCUGAUGGAAAAUCAGAUGAUGAUCCUUUACUCAAGGAUGCUGGAAAGUUAAUUAGGCAUCAGGUGCUAUUUGUUGCAUCUGCGGAGAGUUCUGAGGGACUACCGCCCACUGUGAGACGUUGCUUUAGCCAUGAAAUAAGCAUGGGCUCUAUGGAUGAAGAACAACGGGCUGCAAUGAUAUCCCAAUUACUGCAACGUGGUUCUAAUCUCCUCUCUACUACUGGGUUAGAAGACUCUCUGAAGGACAUAGUUGGACAGACAUCUGGUUUCAUGCCUAGGGAUUUACGUGCUUUAAUCGCUGAUGCUGGCUCAAACUUAAUCUCAAAGGGUAUUAUGCAAGCUGAUGAAACUGAUAUUACAGAUAAGGAAAAUUCUCAUGCAGACAAAGCAGAGCAGAAAGAUGAAUCAUGCAACUCUAUACCUCAGGUUAUGGGGAAGGAAUACUUGCCUAAAGCAUUGGAGCGAUCUAAGAAAAGGAAUGCAUCAGCACUGGGUACUCCAAAGGUUCCAAAUGUAAAAUGGGAAGAUGUUGGAGGGCUUGAGGAUGUGAAGAAAUCAAUUUUGGAUACUGUUCAGUUACCUCUCCUGCAUAAGGAUUUGUUUUCAUCUGGAUUGCGUAAGCGCUCUGGUGUUCUGCUAUAUGGUCCUCCAGGGACAGGAAAAACUUUACUCGCAAAAGCUGUUGCAACAGAAUGUUCCUUGAACUUUUUAAGUGUAAAAGGGCCUGAACUGAUCAACAUGUACAUAGGAGAGUCUGAGAAAAAUGUCCGCGACAUUUUUCAGAAGGCAAGAUCAGCACGUCCAUGUGUUAUAUUUUUUGACGAGCUUGAUUCGCUUGCUCCAGCCCGGGGUGCCUCAGGAGAUUCUGGGGGUGUUAUGGACAGAGUAGUUUCUCAGAUGCUUGCAGAAAUUGAUGGCCUAAAUGACUCUACACAAGACCUGUUUAUCAUAGGUGCAAGCAAUAGACCAGAUCUGAUUGAUGCAGCGCUUCUCCGUCCUGGCCGAUUUGAUAAGCUACUAUACGUUGGAGUUAAUUCUGAUGCAUCUUACAGGGAACGGGUCCUUAAGGCACUUACCCGUAAGUUUACAUUGCAUCAAGAUAUUUCUCUUUACUCAAUCGCAAAGAGAUGCCCCCAAACCUUCACUGGUGCAGACAUGUAUGCUUUAUGUGCGGAUGCUUGGUUUCAUGCUGCAAAGCGCAAGGUUUUGGGUUCAGAUUCAGAGUCUUCAUCCCAGGUUCAUCAAGCUGAUUCAGUGGUUGUUGAAUAUGAUGAUUUUAUAAAGGUCUUGGCUGAGCUGUCUCCCUCUCUGUCCAUAGCAGAGCUUAAGAAGUAUGAAGCGCUGCGAGAUCAGUUUGAAGGAUCGUCGAAAUGAAAUCAUCGAUAGCUGCUGUAAGAUAAUUCUAAUUCACCGUGGCGAUCUGCUGUACGUGUGAUGUGAAUUUUGAUGGGUCAAUUAUGGCAACUUACUAGAGAACUAUAGAUAUUAUGAUACAGAGUGUAGUAAUAAGAGAAUCCCAUACAAUGUGGAGUCAACCAUGACUUGAAACCCAUAAAUGGGACCCCAGGUUGGUAUAUAAUAACUUGUUUAGCCAUAAAAUACAGUUGUUAAUGGGUUGUCCUUAUCGUCCGUGUAGUUUUUGGAAUGUCAUGCUGGUUGGUUGUAGCAUUUUUAAAUAUGUCUAUUUGCGCA